AUGAAGAUAAUGACGAAGAAGAUAAACCUAAAGAACCAUGUAAAAAUCACCCUUCAAGUGUUCGUUGUUUUCGUUGUUUGUCAAAUGCAAAAGGAAGAAAAGUUAAAAAAAUGCGAGGAAAUGUGUUUG